GUGAGGUGUUGGAGAGGUCAGGGUGAACGAACAGAUUGGGCCAGGAGGGGCUGUCAUUCAACACAUCUCAAUGCUUCAGGGUGUUGGUUGUCUUGGAGAUGUUGUAGUUUCCGAUGCCUUCAAGAGUCCUUCAAGGCUGAAGCUGAAGCUGUAUUCAGCCUUCCUGAAGUUUGUUGCCGAUUUGUCUCUUUCAUGGACUUGCAUUUGUAGCACAGGGCCAGGGGUAAUAUUAUUGAAUCUGCUUCUCCAUGCCACGGAGGAACCUGCACUGGAUCAAGGACACUCAAGGAAUUGGUUCGAUGUUCAGGCUUGAUCUCUACACUUGCCAUCGGAAGGUUCCACCAAAUUUGGCCAGCCGCACAUCAACUUGCAGUAGCAGGGACAACUCACCUCAAAAGAGAACGCUCUAGGUCAACAAGUGACUCUCUUCUGGCAUUUUCUCGCAUACUUGUUGACAGGUUGCCAUGGCAUGAUUUCCAAAGGCACGUUGAAUUCACGCUGAAUGGUAGACGUGCACUGGACCAAACGCAGCUGUUGUCAUUUGGUAUUGGUUCUGGCUACUUGGAGUAUACCCGCUGUGGUCUUCGUUUGGUCGGAGAGCACGGUGCCGUUCGUGGGCUUACAAGCCCUUCCGGGACGAGCCCAGAGCCCAGCCUUUCUUGAGCCCACUGUUGCUCCAGUGGCAGAGCGGCCUUUUAUCGAGAACUUCAGGCCAUUUGAUAGGUCGAAUCUCACUACAAUCACUACAGUCUCCACCACUUGUUCCAGUGCACUGCCCAGUAAAAGCUCUGUAAGGACGGUCUACAUCAGUUCUGUCUAUGGUUGGCCCACCGCCGGUCUGCUGCCAAGUUGCCCGGUGCCGUGCCACGUCACCCGCGACGCACGCCUCUGGCGCAGCGCCGAUGUCAUUGUGUGGAACCUCCGGUGGUUGACGAGCUCUCCCCAGUUCAUGGGCGCGACUCCUUCGUCGAAGCCUCGCGGGCAGCGUUGGGUGGCCAACUACGACUUCGAGGCACCGGUGCACCAGCCGCAGCGCUUGAUGGCGGAGCUUGGGAGAGGGAUCGAUUGGACCGCUGGCUUUCAGACUGGAAGCGAUUUUGCCAAGCCCCACAUGAAACUGGCUCCACUGCAAGAGCCGGGAAUGGUGGAGAAGAGGAACUUUGCGGAGGGCAAAGAUCAAUUGCUCUUGUGGUUUGUGAGCAAUUGCGGUCCCAAAGACCGCAUCAAUGUCUUCCAGCAGCUUGCAUCAUAUCUUCCAGCCUCCAAAGUCCAGAGGUUUGGAAAAUGUGGUGGUGCUUUCAAAGAUCCUUGCGGUAAUCGUUUCAACGUCUCGUGCUUGAAGACAUCCACACGCCGCUUCAAGUUUUAUGCAGCCUUCGAAAACACUCGCUGUGACGGGUAUAUCACUGAAAAGUUCACCCAUGGUUAUCAAUUUGGCAUGGUACCUAUUGCUUGGGGUGGUUUGAGUAGAGCUGACUAUGAGAAGGUGGUACCGGGAAGCUCCUUCAUCCAUGUGGAUGAUUUCAAAGAUUACAAGGCUUUGGCUAACUACCUGCUAAAGCUGGACGCAGACGAUGCUAGCUACAACAAGUACUUUGAAUGGCGAACGCAAUACCGCAUGGUGGACAGGGACGAGAUUUGGGAUAAUGUCACAUGCAACCUUUGCAUGGAAGCUCAGAAGCCUUGGCGCGAGCAAAAGCGAUCCAGAAGUGAUUGGAACAAGGGCUUCUUUGGAAGAUGCAAGACGUGACUAGCAAAAAGACCGGACCAGGAGUUUGUAAGCGGACGGUUUUUUUGGCAGGUGCCUCAUACACGGAAGAACUCACGAUCCUGACAUUGUGCGGUGUUGGUAGAAACAAUAGAGCGAACCUAGGAGCCAUGGCCCCCAACCUCACAGCCAUGGCCCCCACCCUAUUAGCCAUGGCCUCCAACCUAAUAGCAAUG